AUGCCGGAUUCUGUGAAAUCCCUGUCCCUUCGUUUCACCAAUUUCAAGAAGUCUGCGGACGAGGAUGAGGUUUCGCCUCCUGUGGCUGAUGACGGAGAAGGCAGCGAACAAGACGUUGACCCACCCGUGGAGGAAGACGUCGUUCCCUCGGCUAGCCUAGAACUGUUCGAAUUUCUAGGAAGACUUCAAAAAGAUUUUUUGGAAGUUGUAAACCCUACAGACUCUGUCCCUUUACUUUUUUCCAGCCUCAAACAUCUAUCGAUGCAUUACCUCCCAACUGGCACUCGUGAUAUUGAGUUGUUCUGGAAAUUUGCAUUGUGCGCUUCAAGCUCCCUGGAGUCGCUCGAACUCUUUCCGACUGAAGUUAUCGACAUCACCCGCCUUCCCGCUCUCAAAGUCCUGAAAAUCAAAGUUGUCGUAGAUGAAGAUCCAGACUUGCCUGAGCUCCGACCGUUCUCCGACCUGUUCAUGGUCCCAGGCGGCACGACGCUGCCUCUGCGAGGCCUUUCUAUUAUCAUAGAUAUGGACUUGCCCGAAGUGGAUGACUAUCUCGCUGUAUCCCUUCCUCAUCACGGCUGGGACACCUUGGCCGCCUGUCUGACUGUACGAACGCUCCCGGCGCUUACUCGCGUUGAUGUUACGGUGUCUCUCAACGUUCCUGAAUGCGUCAACAUGACCAACAUUGAGAUGGUGGAGACGGAACAAGAGGUGUUCGCGUCCCUCUCGGAGCUAUGGAGGGACAGAGAGAAGACCUUCGAGUUUGUUCUGGUUGUCAAAGCAAAAAGGCAGGAAAAGUUACCCUGGUUGUGGCAAUGCGUGUGGGGUAGCAAUUUCGUGGACAAGUUUGGAGGACAAUCGUAG